CGAGCUGAAACUUGGCGAGAGCCCCGGCUGAGUCUCUCUUCUCCACUACCCUCAGAUCAAACGGUGACAUGUCAACUGCGAAAAGAGAGACUAUCACAUUCUGACCCCUGACGGUCUCAGCCCUUGCUCCCACACACUCGGCACUUUCUCCACGAUUUCGGCAGCUAACGAGAACCCGAGCGUCCCCGGUGGAUUAACGUUGCUUUUUUGUCUCUGCCACGAAACACGACGGCCCGUUCGACUUUUCCUCGUUUGGUUUGAGUCCAUCUGCGGAGACCGAGUUUUUCUUUUUGCAAAAAGGAUUUAGUUGGACGUGAUUUUUCCGUUGAGGGAUGUGAGGGAUGAAGAGGCUGGACUCAGAAACAUGGAGCAGUUUUACGUGGAGUAUUGGAGAUGGGCCCUAAAAGAAGUAAAAAUUGAGGACUAGAUUGUCUAGACGCACAAAUUCGCCGCUGGCUUCAGAUCAGAUAUUUCUGGUAAUCUUAUAUCACGAGUUUCCUUCCCGAGGGGCUGGUUCUCGUUGCUCUGCUACCGAUGCGAGCUACAGUUCAACUCAUCAUGGAUCCCCAGACGUCUAUUGAAGAAAGUGCUGCAGCAAUAACGGAGGUCAAUCUCAAGGCCUUCAACAUAGAGGCCUUUACAUUACUUGGUAUUGCGUUGCUGGUCACCGCGUUAAGGUCGUGUGUGCGGAUCAGGACUGUGGGAUGCAGGAACCUCUGGGCAGAUGACUAUCUCGUCAUUUUGGCCACUGGCAUCUACGUUAUAGAAACAGGACUGGCAUACUCGGUCGGGAAUAUUGCUCAAGGGCUGGCGAAUAACUCGAUGACGGACGAGCAACGAGCCUCUUUACAACCAGAAGAUCAUGAAUAUCAGCUUCGUAUCAUUGGCUCGAAGAUCCAAAUCGCUCUAUGGGCAACUUACUCAUCCCUCCUCUGGAUCCUCAAAGCAGCCAUGUGCACUUUCUACUAUCGACUUACAAAAGACCUUCAAGGCCACCGGAUUCGGGUCAUCAUCGGCUUUGGCCUCAUCAUUUCUUCUUUUGUUGUUGUGCAGAUGAACCUUCUUCUCAGUUGUCGCCCCUUCGACCACUGGUGGCAGAUCUUCCCUGACCCUGGAGAUUUCUGCCAUGCUGCCAUUUCGCCUGCUUUGAUAUGGACUUGUCUCGCUUUCAACUUGGCAACUGACUUUUACCUCAUCAUGAUUCCUAUGCCCAUGCUUUGGAAGGCUGCUAUGCCUUGGCCUCAAAAGGUCGGACUGAUUGCUCUGUUCAGCUGUGGGUUGUUUGUCACCAUGGCCGCUAUCCUUCGGGUUGUGCUGCUUGUAUCUGAUCCAAUCAAUGGCCCUCAACUCGCAGCUUCUUGGGCGGUUCGUGAGACCUUUGUCGCCAUCAUGACAACAAACAUCCCCAUGCUAUUCCCAACAUUUAAGAAAUGGGCUGUUCCCAUUGUCGAAAGAGCUGGGUCCUCUUUGAGUGUCUACCGAACUCCACCAAACACUAUCGUGGAUUCCAGAUUCUCUGGAGCUCUGUCUCUAGGCAGUUUGAGGCGAAAGAGCCGAGGGUCAUCUCGCAUUACAUGCAUUAGCCCCAUGUCGCCCACCGCCAGUGAGACUGAAGCACACAUGAACUCAAUUGGCCUCAUUUAUACUAUUCCUGACUCAAGCAUCAAGAGGCCAAAGGCUUCCAAGACAACACACAAGAUCGCGGCCAUACGUCUCCCGCGCAUCGACACCUCAGCCCCUGCUGAUUCAGACCACGGAUAUGGUCGACUGAGCACGAGAAGUGACAGUUCCGUUGUUUCUUGGUCAGAAACUUUGGUGAACUCGCCUCAAUCUGAAGGAACGGAGUCUUUACUCUCAGCCCGUGUUCACCACGACGGAUACAGCAAGCACGUUUAACGCCUUUGUUACGAACAUCCAUAAUGCCUUUGUCUUCUGAUUGGAACUACGACAAAGAUGAUCACAUUUUACAUCAACUUACAUGAUUCAUGAUUCUACGUUAAUUACAGAAAAUAGAAAAAAGCUCAUAGAUUUGUUUCUGGGUUGGUUAUGAUAUUUUAUGGCUCCAAUUAU